AUGAAAGCCAAGUUUGAUAUCUGUCUUGAUCGAGAAUCACUCACCCACGCCACAAUCCCACAACCUAAUUUGAGUCUGUCAAGUCCGCCACGUCUUUGGAUGCCAACAUGGACAUCACGAUACCCUCAAUCUACCACAUACGGCCAUACCCAUUGGAAAAUUCGGGAUCCCGUCCGCUCUCCCAUAGACAAGCCAAUGAGGGCCGGAUUAGUAGUUGGGUCGGUGACGACCAGCGAAUACCUGGUGUUUGGUGACCUAUUUGGCUUACACAUGGGGCACGAUCUUCACUUAUCUACCGACCUUGAAUUGUUCAUUGCCAAAUUGCAUCUAAUUACCGGUGAAUUUCACAGUCUUUUCUUGAGGAAGCCUUCUGAAGCCCUCACUAUAGGCGCCAUUGACUUGCGGAUGGGCGUCUUCCCUCCACGUCCUGCCAUGACAUGCGAAACGCCCUUUCCAUUCUGGCAACCCUCCUGGAAACCCUUCCCGCAAGAACUGGCUGCCGUAGCUGCCGUCUUCCGCGUACCAUUCUCUUCUGCUUCUUCCUUGACAUCAUCCAACACCACCAACCAUAAUAAUUACCACUGCCGACGGAAGACUCGCCGAAUUACCCAGAACAGGUUUGGUUCCAACUUCCAGCAUGCUAUGUGGCUAUCGACGAACCAUAGCAGCCAGCCGUUGGGACCAAGUAGUGGUACAAUUCGUUACUUCGUUCUCGCCAAACCAAAGAAAAUGCGAAGUCUGUUUUGCUUUUUCACCAACAGCUCUUCUCGUGUCCAGAAGCGACAAGUGACAGGUCUGGGCCGGGUUCAAGAAAAAGCAAACAUUGGACAAGCAGACACCAACGCCAGAUUACCGCUGCCCAACGGCCCCCGGCCUGUCAGAUUCCCAUGGUACGAUUGUGUGGCUCCGGACGGUUGGCAACGGUUUUUCAUUGGUGAUAACGUCGGGAUGGUUACUGAACCGCGUCCGGUCUGCUACCGGAAUCACACCUCCCUGCAUCCAGAAAUCCGACAGCUCGUCUUCCAAUGGUACAAACAGUUGGCAAUGAGGAGAUUGGCUCGAUCGCCACCAAAGAUGAGCCCUUGUGGACGGCAAUCUGCAACCAUGGUACUGAACCGAUCGAAAUCAACAUCCGACAGACACUUCGCGUACUUCAUACUGGGCAGCCAAUCGACAGAUCCCCAGCUCAUGGUUUUGCUUUUUCUGACUACCAAAUAUUUGGUCAGAUAUCAAUUCUCCAUCCUCACUCAUCAAGGGAAUGAAUCACAUCUCAGAUGGGUUGUCGCUGAGUCCAAUAUGUUCACCCUGCAACCCAAGGGAGGUUCAUUUUUCUGCAAGAUCCUGCAGGACGAUCUGUUUCCUUUGCAUCUGCAAUGCAUCAUGGGAGUGUCGCCGUCAUCAUCUUGCUUCUUUCUGCAAGGAAUCGGCCAGGGUAAGACGAGAGACAUCGCCAUUGAAGCCUCAACUCACAUCACGGGUGCCGCAGGGCCUGGCCCACGAAAUUUGCUUCCCGUCCACAAGUCUGGACCAGAGCCAUCUAGAAACGCUCGAAAAGCAAAAUCUCAGAACGACAUGGUGGACCCCGUCGUUUCUUUGGAGACAUGGUCUCUACUCAUGGCCAUCGCACGAUGUAGCAUGCAGAUCCAUUUACAGACGAGACACUCAUACGACCGUCUUGCCAAAUUGGGGGUUUCCUGCCAGGGAGGAUCGACAAGCAAGGACAGGUUCAAGAUCUUCAUCAAUUUGCUUCUAAAGCGUUCCCCGCCCCCAGCUACAAUAUUCGGCAUUCACAUGGCCUUCAUUGACCCAUCAAGCGGAUUCGGCACUCUGAUGUUGGUCACCGGACUCCCCUCUGAUGAUGAUCGGCAUGCUCCGGCUCGGCAACACGGCGGGAGGUCGGUCUUGGCUGGAUCCGCCGGCCGAAUCAGCCGGGUGCCCACCGUAGAACAGUUUUGUCCAGUGCUAGAUAUCACACUACUACUCGGAUCCAUUCUUCGGUGGGCUCGGGCGAUCGGAAACCUACACAGCAAAUCCCCGCUUCUGCAACUUGGGACGAAGCUGUCUCACGGUGCAUCUCAUACCCGAGUUGUUGCAUUAGGCAGUGUCAGCCUCGCCCGAGAAAUCAUCGGCUUAAACUCGAUGACAGACCCGUCAAACAACUUUUGUAAUGACCAACAAGCUUCUCAUGCGGUUUUCCCUGGACCAAUCUGCCUCCAGAAUCGGCCCCUCAGGAGUUCGCCAAGCGUCACAGCACAAGCGUCACAGUUCGCUGGCCUUAGUCUCAAUGUGGAAGUGUUUGACCUGAGACUGACCCGUCCGAAACGGCUAGCGACUUCUUUCAGAGGCUUGCCCAAGACUAGUCUGUCAUCGUUUCCUGUCUUACCAACUUAUUCGGAGCUUAGCUCGCGAAAGUCUCGACUCAGUUCCAAAUUUGAUGAAGUCCUUCACCUAGACCAGUUUACUCUUCCAGUCAUAUUUGCAGCUGCGGCAAUGUGCUUGAUUGACGUUCAUCACAAGCUUCGAUCUGGUCACGGAAUCCCUGACGCAGUCAAUCGGAUCCAGGCAAUAGCGAGUCGGUGUAGCAUUCAUGUCCGCGUCGAGCCCGAGUAUGCCGGACUCUGUCGAAAGAUGUCUAAAAUUUCGGCCGAGUGUCUUCAUCCAAGCCUGGCGAGGAUAUUGGCUCGGAUGAUAGCUUCCAUGAGGAGACCCCAGGGCGCCGUCGUCGGAGUGGUCUUUCAGCAGUGCCUCCCUGAGCCUCUCACGAUGAGCAAAGUCGGCUUGUUACGUUAUGGAACCUCGCUGGUUCAGCCUCUGGUUAUGGCUACAAUGGCCCGGCUAGGCAGGUGGCUGAGAUGCUCAUCUACCGCAACACCCGUGAGCAUAGACCUGAGAAAGGCCCCCAUCGUCCAGGUUGUCGAAGCCCCUCAUGGCGACGAAAUGUUAUGGGGCAUCGCGGUGGACAUUCGUCCCUGUAGGCAGGGCAUUUCACAGCAACCGAUGCCGCUAGAAGAUCUGCUCUUAGCACGUCGAUCAUCUACCGCCCAGCGAGGCUUCAUCGUCACUUACCCUAGAGACGACUUACAUACGCUAAUGAGACACCGGAUCAAGGCACAAAUCAGAGCUGCAGGUACAGGAUAUUGCAGAGAAGGGAUUGCCUGUCUCCAGCCGGUCAACUCAAAGGUGCCUAGGCCUCUGCCGGCCGGAGGAAACCUAGGCCCUCCCAGCCCUCAUUGGGGGCGAGGAUCCCUUGAGUCAGGAACCUUCGGUUUCGGGCCACUCUGCGACUCGUCGGUUUUCCUACGCGCCAAUUCGCCAUCAUUGUGGCCAUCAACAGAUCAUCAGCAGACGUCUAGCUUCGGAGAGAGAAUCGCCAUAUCCGGUGGACUGCGCCGAAGCGAGACGAUUAUGGCGGAAGUUGCCUUGAUCCCGCCCGCGGCUGCGCAGAGUUGCAUAAUGGCAGACUGCCUGACACGACAUUUUGACCAACCGAAGCAACACACCUUACCAUUGGAGCUUCCGGACACGUGGGAUCUUGUGGGGUGUGCCCUCCUUCACCUCCAAAGUAACGUCAGGACGGUGGGUGGCCAGGGCAAGCCUCCCACCCUCCUUGCCUCCCUUCUUCCCCACUCCCCCCCUCCAACCUACGGAUACAGACAACAAGUUCUACGGAAAGAUACUCCAAUAAGUCUAGCCAGCUCCCACGAAUCCACUGCGGAAUUAUCACAAGCUCUUCGCAGUCCUGAGUCGGUGAAGGACAACCUUCUCACUACCCCGGGAGGCCGGGGGUGCGGUGCGGGUCUUGAGGCGUCACUGAGACCAUGCAGUGAUGAGUAUCCGUAUGCGAAUCUUGAAGCAAUGUCACAAGACCCACGGCUGAUAAGUUGCUAUUUUGGCUCCGGAGGAUCCCCCUUGGUCAACCUGGGAUGUUUGCUGAAGCUCCUUGUCUGCAGUACUUGGCAAGUCGACAAGGGGGUGUCAACGAAACACACUUUCAACAAUCUAGCACAUGCACGAGGCUCAAAACAGACAGCUACCCAGGUCAACUCUGAAUACCGAGACGGCUUGUCGCCAGAAGCGCCCCGCCGCCGUAGUAAUGCCAGGAAGGAGUUAGUGGUCACUAAGACAGACAUCUUCGCACCGGUUUCAGGCAGCGGUGAAGAAGAUGCUGGCAGCGUAAGGCUGUGGAAAUUGCGUUGGACAGCCGAUCUGAAAGCCACACCAGGAAGAGCGGUGUUGUUGCGAGAGGAGGCAAAAGAGGCUGUGAGUUUCGCCUUCCGCAUGAAUAUCCAAUACUAUCCUGCGAGGGUUCGGAAGAUUUCUUGGUUAGAUUCGGAUCUGCAACAAAAUGUUCGUCAGAUUCACAACGUCCACCAUCUCGACCUCAGCCCUAGGGAAACAACCUUGGCUUUGGAAAACCGUAUGAAGGACUUCGAGCUGAGACACGCAGUGCCCACGGACGAAGGUCUUCCGGCGAACAGAUGUGCUGUGGGUGUAUUCUAUCUACGCCCAGCAGCCGAGAAUGCCAACGGAUUGACCUGUGGCGGUUCUUCCUCUCUGUUCGACGGCCAACAACAGCAAGCGAUGGGACGAAUCCAAGGUACAGCCGUCGCGUCCGAGCCAUCCGGUUUCGUAGAGAAACGAAAGAGGGGGAAUGACAAGACGAACUUGAGGCCGAACACGCCUGGCUGGCUAGAUCGUUGCACUCCCCCGCAUGGCUUGCGAGCGUUCCUGGCGCUCUCUCGUGCUACCUGCGCCUCUCGAGAAACCUAG